AUGUCGUCAAUUAAAAUCAAUAAAGAUGAAGGGAAAAGAGUCCAGAUUUGGAUAAAAAGUGCUAUUGGCACACCAAAUAGAAGACAAUAUAAACAUAAAAAUAUUAUGUACCCAUAUUUUCGAAUGUAUAAAUCACCAUAUAGGGCUCGAGAUUCUAGAACCCGACAAGCUUUUUGGCCAUGUGUUGAUAAGUAUCCUUGGCAUACUCACCAAAAAAGAUGGGUAAAAAGUGAUAACCUAAAUGUGAAAUUUUUUGCAGAAUUUACUAAUAAACCUCCAAAUAGAAAAAAUUUAUUUGAAACAUGUCACACAUUACCAUUUAAUGGAAUUAAUUGCCUUUUUUGGAACCCAAUAUAUUUUAAUAGUUAUAAAUUUUUUUUAAAAAAUUCAAAAAAAGAGGACAAACAAGAUGAUAAUGAAAACUCGGAUGAAGAAGGAACUGAAAUAAACAAUAAUUUACAUGGUGAUAUAGACACCCCCAAUAUAAAUAUUAUACAAGGGGGAUCUAAUGAAAUACAAAAUAAAAAAGUAUUACGAAUAAACAAUUAUUAUUAUAUUGUAGAAAAAGAAGGAAAAAAUAAUAUGUACUUUCAUCUGAAAUAUAUCCACUAUACCAUGCGCCCAUUUAGAGGGAAAAUAAUUGGUGAUCUAUAUAUAAAUGAUAAAAAGAUUCGGAGUAAUAUUGCACCAAAGGGUGCAGUAAAUGGGGAAUGGAAAUAUGCAUAUCCCCAUAUUCAUAUUAAUGAAAAAAUUGCUAAUAAUACAUUAAAUUAUACUACUACAGAUAUACAAAUGAACGACCAAAUUAUUAAAAAUUUGAUUAUUGCAAACAAAAAUACCUAUAGACCCCCUUUACCAAAAUGCUUUAACCAGUCUAAAUAA